GAGAUACAGUAGUAGCCCAGAGUGAGGUGGCAGUCUUAUUCCACAUCGACACUGACUUGCCCUGCAUACAUUCUAUCUGUCUCUGUAUCGCGAGCGCACUUAGAGGAGUGAACGUAGGAGAGAGUCAAGAUGGCAUCUGGACGUAUCCGCGGACAAUCCGGGAUCUAGUCUCGUAUUUUUUCUAAUUUAGUUACAUCGAGCGCAAGUGACUGGCCGUGCAAGGCGUUAUGAACUAAGUUGCUCCUUGUUGGAAUAGCAACAAAGGACGGGCGCGCGCAUUCAUGGGACGCGACUUUGACAGCUCUUCGUUUCUUCUCUUGUAACUUUAUUACCUGUCAGCUGUGGGGUGAGAUUGUGACUGGAGUAGGCAAACCAUGGCUGAGGCUCAGCUCCCCGACCCACUCCCGGACUUGGACGUGGCAAUUGACCCGGACUUUGAGCCCCAAAAGCGGCCCAGAUCUUGCACCUGGCCGCUACCUCGACCGGACUCCAGCGCAGUGAAACCAGGGAGUCAUGACACAGAUAUUAUCCCCGAGGAAGAGGACGAUGAGGAGGACAGUACAACCCCAACUGCUAUCAAUAUCAACGGCACCGGGGUGGUGGCGGAGGACCAAAGCAGCAGCAGCCCCGUGCCCGACGGUGCGCUUUCCUCCCCGGGGCAAGAGAGCGGAGGCUCCCCGCUCUCAUCGCACUCCCCGUCGGCCACCUCAGGAGCGCUGACCCCCAGCGGCUUAGCCGCCCAGCAGACCCCAAGGAAGGCUUCAUCACGCCGUAACGCCUGGGGGAAUCUUUCAUAUGCUGACCUGAUAACCAAAGCUAUUGAGAGCUCUCCGGACAAGAGACUGACACUGUCCCAAAUUUACGACUGGAUGGUCAGAUCCAUCCCCUACUUCAAAGACAAAGGAGACAGCAAUAGCUCUGCAGGAUGGAAGAACUCCAUCCGGCACAACCUUUCCCUUCACAGUCGAUUCAUCCGAGUCCAGAACGAGGGAACAGGGAAGAGUUCUUGGUGGAUGAUAAACCCAGAGGGAGGGAAGGGCGGAAAGGCCCCUCGCCGUCGUGCAGUUUCUAUGGACAACAGCAACAAGUACACAAAGUCAGCACGUGGCCGUGCUGCCAAGAAGAAGGCUGCCCUACAGGCUGCAGCUGCUGCUGCUGGCGAAGGUGGUGGGGACAGUCCUUCAGGUCUCUCCAAGUGGCCUGGAAGCCCAACAUCACGCAGCAGCGAGGAGCUCGAUACUUGGACGGACUUCCGCUCCAGAACUAAUUCCAACGCCAGCACACUGAGCGGUCGUCUCUCACCCAUUUUGGCCAACCCAGAGCUAGAUGAGGUGCCCGAUGAUGAGCCUCCACUUUCACCAAUGCUCUACUCCAGCCCUGGCAGAGCGCUGUCUCCCACAAAUGGAACAAAUGGGAAGACUAUGCCAACUGAGCUGCCCCGUCUGGCAGACCUGGCAGGUACAAUGAACCUGAAUGAUGGACUUACAGAUGACCUGAUGGAUGAACUGCUGGAUAACAUCAACCUGGUGCCAACCGACCCAGGACAGACUGUUCCAAAUGGUUCCUCAGGGUUUAAUUUUGGGUCCAAAUCUAAUGGGCUUAGCUCACCUUCCUCCACCUCCUCCCCCUCCCCGAACUCUUCCUCUAACGGUGGGGUCAAUGGUUACAGUAACUCCAUCUUUAGCCCCCACACGGCCGGCUCCACUUUACGUCCAUCCCCCAUGCAGACCAUCCAGGAGAAUAAGCAGACCUCCUUUUCCAGCAUCAGCCUGUCUCGCUUUGGCAGCCAGACACUACAAGACCUGCUCAACUCUGACAGCCACAGCCAUAGUGAUGUCAUGAUGACACAGUCAGACCCACUGAUGUCACAGGCCAGUGCUGCUGCCGUCAUUUCCCAGAACUCCAGACGUGGCCUCAUACUCCGAAAUGAUCCCGUAAUGACCUUCGGGACCACUGGAGGACUUCAGAGCAGCCAAGGAGGGUUGAUUCAGAGUAACAAUCACAACCAGAGCUCCAUGAGGUCUUUAAACGGAGGCCUAAACCUUGCCAAUGAGGCCAAUCUGGCAAAUGCCAAGCAGCAGCUCUUGCUUUCACCUUUGGGAGGAAAUGGUUCCUCGUCCAUGCAGAUUGACCCAUCAAUCUUCCUCAAUGGAACUGUUAGCAGCAAUGGAGGAAUCUGUCAGGAUCGUUUCCCCACAGAUCUUGAUCUGGACAUGUUCAACAGCAGCUUGGAGUGCGAUAUGGACUCCAUUAUCAGGAACGAGCUGAUGGACGCAGAUGGCCUGGAUUUUAACUUUGACUCUUUGGCCAACAUGAACGGAGUCAGCAACUUCGCAAACACCAAGCAAACCUCUCAGAGUUGGGUACCUGGCUGAGGAUCAGCCCAGCAGGGAGCAGAGCAGGUCUGAACUGUGUACAAGAGAAGACCAGACACACAACAUCCUUUUGCCAAACCUGCCAUCAGCACAAUGUUACAAAAAAAAACAAACCCUGUGUUUACAGAAGACUUCCUCUCGAGAGCUUUACCUUCGCUCCCACACUGGUGCACCACAAACGAUCCUACAGCCUCUAGAGAUGCUGCACAUCAGCCCUUAAAGCCUCCUGUGAAACAAACAACACAAAGAAAGCUAUGUCAAACUCACAAAUCUUAGAAUUAUGCAAAUUUUUUUCCCUUUUCAACCUUCUCUGUUGAUAUCAAAGAGACACUGCGAAUCAGAAGGGGUUUCAGGUAAUACAAGCACUAAACAUCAAGGAGAGCACGGUGCAGUUGUUCCCGCUAACUUUAAAAAGAAAGUGUAAAGUGAAAAAAUCAUGAAGUGAUGAUGGUGUAAAUCUGAUCCAUGUGUUUCCUUGGUGUGUGAUGUUGAAAAUUCCCCCCCUCUGUUUUCACUUAGUGAUUUUUAAGUGUUUAAGUGUUGUUUUUUGGAUAUUCUGUUGAAUCAUAAAUGUUGCUGCAUCAUACAUGUCUGUAUAAAGAAAACUGACGUGUUGUUGAGAUGAACAUUUGAUGGAAACAUAGAGUGGGUAUGCAUACAUAACAUGCAAACACACAAACAGAUUGUUUAAAUUUGCAGUUAAAUUUCUCCAUUUAAUGCAAUGCACUUCCAGUUCUGUUUUAAUGAAUUGCUUUGAUUAAAUGAAACGCAGCAUACUAAAUGAGCUAAUUAUUCUUGACAGAUUUAUGUUUAACUGAAAAAUGGAAAAAGACAAGAGAAAGAAACUCUAUUUGUGCAGUUCAGCGCAGUGUUUAAGUUCAAGAAGGACAGGGGAAGAUCUUGCCUAUUUUCGUAGAUUUCUUGAGACUUCAGUCUAAGUUAUCGCGGCAUACGAUGUAGCCAAAACGAAUAUCCGUGUCCUAGCGUUGUGAACAUUUCCACACCAAAACAGGUGCUAUGUAAACAGUGUUGAAUCCUGCCCCCGGAGCAAGCAAGCCGUGCAUUUUUGUGUGAGUGUUUGCUUCCUGUUGUUACUAACGACUUGCAGAAGCCCUUGUAGCACGGCGAGGUCGAACCCAUAGAUGGCUCUGUCAGGGGAGUGGUGGGUUUGUUUUUUAAGGCUCAUUCCUCUAGAAGCCAUUUGUUUCUUGAGUAACAUGAUAAGCUAUCUCUGUAUAUUGCCAAAUUACUUGAAAACAGACAGUAGGAUAUGCUGGCAGCCAAAUCACAGCACAGACACAAACAUGCACAUACACAUAAAUGGAGAAAAAUAAUACCAGGGAUCUGUGUUAAGCUCAGCUGUUUUCUCGUCAUGAGCUUGUGGGGCUUGUUAUGCAUAUAUAGACUCACUCAGGGGGGCUUCUGUUAACAUCAAGUCACAUUCUAAUGGUGUUUUAACAUUUCUUGAUAAAAACAGUGAUGCUUUGUGUUUGUGAACUUGUAACCUGUGAACCUGUUUCGAUGAAGAGAAAGAAGAAGGAGGAUAAACGUCAGGAUCUUUGAUUUUUGAUUUUGCUGUCAUGACCCCCCUCUUUGUCGGACUUAUUGCACACAUACACACACACAUAUCCCCUCAUGGACAUGCCUGGUGCUCCUGCAGGUGAUUCCCUGCAUCUCUUGAGUACAUGUUUAAUAUGUGUGUGUUUAUCUGUGGAGUUUAUUGUGUUGGAUUAAUCUCACCAGGAUGUGUAAUCCCCCCCCCCUCAUUUAUCCUUCAUGGUGCAUACAGCACAGUCGACUGUAUGCAUGUAUGUAUUUAUGCAUUAUGAAUCGUGUGAAAUGCAUAUAUACUCGCUGUGUAUGUCCUUAUAUACUCAUGUAGUACUUGACCCUUGCAUUUUGUGAUACCUCUGAAGGAAAAGGUGAAGAAAUGACGAACACGGAGGGAACACUGUUACCAGCGAUUUUAACUAUUGAAAAAAAAUGGUGGAAAACACUAUUGUUGUAGCAUCCGGAGACCCUGGUAUCCCUUCUCUUUGUGGGGGUUGUGUAUGAAAAUGUACGCCCCGCUGUGUAUCAUAGUGUACAGUGUGUAUAUCAUGUUGAGGUCAUGGCAGAGGAGUGUGCGUGCAUGGUUGGCUAGAUUGAUCCUCUGUGCUAUCUGAGGUUUAGUGCAUGACCUAGCUGUCCCCCUCCCCACUCUUGACCCUUCAAAUGGUGCCGUCCUGCAAGAAAUUGUAAUUAAGGGGAGAAACCCUGUGUCUUUUAGCACUCAAACACUCUGUGUUUUCUUAAAUCAGGGCCUACACUUGCACCAUCCUCCUGUAUUUAUGGGGUUAUUGUUAUUAUAACAAGUGAGUACAUUGACGCAGGGAAAAGCCUCUUUAACGGACGUUCCUUAGCUGUUUUAUUCCACGUGGAGUACAGUAGAUUCACGUCCUGGUGCUGUAAGCAAGCAUUGUUAACCUUGACUUUCUUGAAGCGCCAUCACAGAGCAUUUUCACAUCUUUUUAAGGCAGAGGGAAUCCUGAGCCAUCACCCAAACUGCUUUUGAUUUCAUCCACACUGAUUGUACAGAAUAUAAGGAGCUCUGACAAGGUGAAUCCAGGGGUUAUUGAUCCUUGAUAAACUGCUAAAUUCAUCUGCAAGAAGGCAUUCCUUCUGUUUAACUCAUUCGGUGAAACGCCAGGCUAUGCAGGGAGUUUGUUUACACCUGGUCAAAGUGGAGCAGGCCUUCCACACAACCACUCAGUGUCACUCAGGCGCAACCUGUGCCUGAGACACACACCUGCAGCACAGCUUGAGCAAAUUUCCAGCUAAUAUAAGCAAAAAAAAAGUCAGCAACAUACCACUAGAUUCCUUAUUCACGUCUUCUUGGGUUAUCUUCUCCAUCUUUAUUAGACGCUACAGCCAGCUUUUCCUCCAUACACCCUCUGAAUUUUGUCCUCUGACCAUUGCCCUUUAUUAAUCUUGCUUCUUCUUGACUUGAUGUUAGUGGGUAUUUUUCCUGUGUAUUCCAUUUUGAAUUGUAAUCUAGUUUGUAUAAGAAAUGGUGCGCAUGUAAAUAAAGCUUGGUGAGGCUCCACA